AUGUCCGGUGGUAAAGGUAAAGCAGGUUCCUCUGAGAAAGCAUCCACUUCUAGAUCCGCCAAGGCUGGCUUGACUUUCCCAGUCGGUCGUGUCCACAGAUUGUUGAGAAAGGGCAACUACGCCAGAGAGUCGGUUCCGUACUUGGCUGCUGAAAUCUUGGAGUUGGCUGGUAACGCUGCCAGAGACAACAAGAAGUCCAGAAUCAUCCCAAGACACUUGCAGUUGGCCAUCAGAAACGAUGAGGAGUUGAACAAGUUGUUGGGUCACGUCACCAUUGCCCAGGGUGGUGUCUUGCCAAACAUCCACCAGUCCUUGUUGCCCUCCAAGAAGGCCAACGCCAAGGCUUCUCAGGAGUUGUAA